CUUUGGGUGUGAGUAUCAGUUGCAGAGCUUCAAUCGUCUAGUUAACCACGCAGUGGCAGCCCAGUGAAGAUGAAAUUUUUUGCAAUUCUCAGCAUAUCGCUGGUAGCGAGCCAACUAGUUAACGCCGACGUUAGCCAUCUGUCCAACAACCAGUAUCUACCACCCAGUCAAGAUGCGCAUCACCUUUCGGUCGACACUGCUAUUGCGCCCUAUCAACCACCGGCUCAACAACAACAAGAGCAACAGGAAUACCAACACCCCCAGAAGAGCUUUCUUUCCAAUGGGGUUGAGAUUACCAGAUCAAUUCCCAUCGCUAGCUUUUCGCUAACCAACAUUGUGCCGGAACAACAAACAAGUUAUGCGCAAGUUCCCGUUUACGCUCCUGCGCAAUCGUACGCUCAAAGUGGAGCUGGCUCUUUCAACUAUCAAGCGCCACAAAGUAACUAUCAGCCACAACCACAGCAACAGUCAGGACUUCAACAAUCUGCUGGCUCAUACAACUAUGGCUCGCCUGCACCAGCACCACUUCCAGCGCCGGCUCUAGUACAGCAAUCUUACUCUGCCCCCGCACCGGCACCGGCUCGUGCUGCAGCUCCCGCACCUCAACAAACAUAUUCCGCACCAGCUCCAAUAGAGCAAAAUUAUGUUGCUCCUGCUCCAGCACCUCAAUAUAGUUCCGGACAACAAAAUGAUGGAUCUUAUAACUACGGUUCUCCAGCACCAGCACCCGAACAACACUCGUAUGCAUCGCCUGCUCCAGCACCGGCGCCAGCACAAGCUCCUGUGCACCAAGCACAGUUGUCGGGCCCCUCAUUUUUUUCAGGCGGACAACAAAAUGACGGUUCUUACAGUUAUGGUGCCCCAGCACCAGUAGCAACACCUAUUCAAAACUAUGAGUCACCAACUCACUCUGCAUCACCAAGCCCAUCUUAUUCUGGUGGACCUCAACAAAGCUAUUCGGCACCACCUCAACAAUCUUACUCAGCACCUACUCCAGCUCCAGCGCCCGCUCCGGUUCCUGCACCACAAUCAUACUCUGCCCCAGCUCCAGCCGCUCAAGUUUCUAACGAAUACUUACCGCCAGGGCAGCUACAACCCCCCAGGACAGCAAUCCUACGCUGCACCUGUUCAGCAAUUUUACUCUGCACCUGCCCAGCAGAAUUAUGAUUCGGCGCCACAAGUUUCAAACGAAUACCUUCCACCUGCAUCAGCACCAGCCCCAGCCCCAGCACCACAAACUUUUUCAGCUCCACAACAGGAAGGUCCAAGAGAGACAGUACAUGAGCAUGGACACAAUCUAUCUGAUCGAGAUAAUUUAAGUCAAUCCGUAGUACAAACUUCCUCAGGUUAUCAAGGCGAAAGUGUUGCUACAGUUCCAACUCCAAACCAGCAGUCUUACGAAGCUCCAGAUGCAGCCCCUGCUCCUGAGUAUUCACCACCCCAACAAUCUUACUCGGCUCCGCCUCAGCAAUCUUACUUGGCUCCUGCUCAACAAUCGUACUCCGCGCCAGCUCAACAGUCGGGCUCGGCUCCUGCCCCAGCGCCAGUACAUCAGCAAUACUUACCCCCUGCACCUGAAAAACAACCACUUUUCACCCCAGCAGAGGGUAGCCGAGACCAUUCCUCACCUCUUCAAGGUCCUGUUCAACAAUCACACUCGACGCCGGCUCAAGAGUCCUACUCUGCCCCAGCUCCAACUCCUGUUAGCAAUGAAUACCUCCCACCAGCUCCAGUGAAACAAGCUGUGUUAGCACCGGAACCCGCUCCAACUCCUGUUGGUCAUCAGUCUUAUUCGGCCCCUGCACCAGCUCCAGCUUCAGUUACAGCUCCAGUCCAAGUGCAACAAUCCCAUGCUGGUCCAGCGCAAGCCGUAGUCAAUCAACAGACUUACACAGCUUCAUUCCCAGUCGCGGCACAACAGUCGUAUCCCUCUCCAGCUCCAGUUAACAAUGAAUAUCUACCACCGGCUAUCGCACCAGCUGCCCCAUCUUACCAAGUGCCAGCAGCGCCUUCUUAUUCUGCUCCAUUAUCAAAUCCAUCUUACUCGGCUCCAGCAGCUCCCUCUUACUCAGCUCCAGCAGCUCCCUCUCACUCGGCACCACUAGCUCCUUCUUAUUCCGCACAAGCGGGUCCCUCUUACUCAGCUCCUGCAGCUCCUACAUACUCUGCUCCUGCUCCACAGUCUUACUCAGCGCCAGCUCCACAGUACCCUUCAGUUAGCCAGGAAUACUUGCCACCAGCAACAAAGAGGUACUCAGCUCCAACACCAGCACCAGCUGCAGUCCGCACAAACAGCCAUUCAGGUGGCGCUGUUGUGAGACAAACCGUCGAAAAAACGUCUUCAGGCUACCAAUCAGGGAGUAAUUCUCAAAGCCAAGCGCCUCAAUACGAAACUGCCUCUGCUCCAGCAUUGACUCCACAAGCUGGUCAAAGCUUUCACACCUCGUCACAUGCCACGGCGCCGGAAGUCAACAAUCAAGACUCUGGCACCGAAUACGCCAGCAAUGGCGGUUACGUGUACAGAAAAAUAAAAUAAACUGUAAAGCCGAUGGAAAGUAGCGGAUAGCUGUUGUUGCUACUCGUUUUCGUAGUUUUUAGUAUUCGAAUUUGCAUUUAAUCAUCUUAAUAGCUUUUUAUAGCAUCUUAUUGCCAUGAUGUCAGCGCCAUGCUGUCAAUUUAUUGUACCAUAAUAAUUUUGCUUACUACUGUUAUUACCUCAUUUGUAAAUAAAAACUUAUCGCGUUAAUAAUAUUCACACAUAUAUUUACAUAUGUAUAUAAAAAAAUACUAA